AUGAACCAGAACCAAAAGACCCGGUCCUCAAUCCUGAGGCUGACAUUUGCUGAAAUGUUAAAAGAACAAGAGCCUUUAUGUAAAAUGGAAUUUCAUUUUCUGCUGGAGAGAACGCUUUGCCAAGAGAGGCGAGGCAUCGGAUCCCAACCAGCGUCUCUUUACCAAGGAGAGACGAUUCCGCCGAGUCCUAGAGCAGUUUGUGGUCUGAACCCGCAUCCUGUUACGACGACCGUUGCUGCUUCUUUGUCCCUCGGAAACGCUCCACGAUGCUAUUAA